AUGGAGCGCCCCGGCGCCGGCUUGUCCCCCGUGGGCGGCGGCGGGCCGGGUCCCGAGGGUCCCGAGGAGCCGCCCGGCGCUGUCUGCCCGGCGCUGCGGAGCCUGCCGCCCGGGCUGGCGCUGGGGCCGUCGCUGUCCCGGGCGCGGGGCACGGGCGUGUGCCUGGUGCAGCGGAGCCCGAAGGAGGCGGAGGCCAACGUGGCGCUGGGCCGGGCGGGCGGCCGGCUGCAGCUGCGGGCGCGGCUGCCCAUCGCGGCGGGCGCGGAGCUGCUCUACUGGCCCGAGGAGGCCCGCGGGGCCGCGGCGGAGGAGCGGCGGCCGGACGGAGGCGAGGGGAUAGCGGCGCCGCGGGAGGCCGGGCCGAGGGGGCGGCUGGCGGCCGCCGCGGAGGCGGAGGCGGCGGUGGCGGUGCAGGGGGACGGGGCCUCUCCCGGCGGGACGGCGGCGGAGCCCCUCGCAGGGGAUCCCAGUGUCUCCAAGGUGGCAGCUGAUGAAACCACAGUCCUUGAUGUCCCUGCUGAGAUUAGCAGGCUGGCCGCCAAACAUUUCCACAGGCUGCAAGAAGAGGAAAGCACAGCUUCCGAACAUAAGCCAUGGCAUGCCAAGGUGCUGAGGACUGAGGAUCAGCACCUCCAGACCAUCUCAACCAUUAAGGCCAAUGGCAGGUGCAAGGAAGAACUGGACAAGGGUGUGGAUCCCGGAUCUGCAGCAGAAGAAGUGGAGAUGGGGCAUAAAGAGGCAUGUCCAGGAGACCUGUAUCUGUUGUCGCCGUCAGGCAGGGUUCGACUCAGUGCUCACUUGGUUGGCAAGCCAUGCAAGGUGCAUGCUCUGGCCAGCCAGCCCCAGAAGUGCCUGCAGGACUGUGGUGGCAGGACAGCUGGGCAGGAAUCGCAGCAGCCCAGUCCUUCUGAAGGAGACAGUGUAGAGACUUGUGAGAAAGAGAGCAAAGCUUCGAAAGACUCCAGACUGGCAUCCCCAGAGCAUGGGGGAAAGGGCCCACUGGAGGUGCCUGAGGGGCAGGAGGAGUAUAUGGAGCUGGUGGAGGGUCAUUCUGGCAGCCCAGGCCCCCCACCAAAAGCUCUGUCCCAGAAGGAGAUGACCAAGCGCAGGUACCGCUGUGGGGAGUGUGGUAAAGCCUUCCUGCAGCUCUGCCACCUCAAGAAGCACCACUUUGUCCAUGCUGGCCACAAGCCAUUCCUGUGCACGGAGUGUGGCAAGAGCUAUAGUUCAGAGGAGAGCUUCAAGGCCCACGUGCUGGCCCACCGGGGUGUGCGGCCUUUCCAGUGCACCCAGUGUGACAAGGCUUACCGCACCAAACGAGACCUGCAGGAGCACCAGGUCCUGCACACCGGCCAGCGCCCCUUCUCCUGUGAGCAGUGUGGCAAGGCCUUUGCACGCCGGCCCUCUCUCCGCAUUCACAGGAAGAUCCACCUGGCCACUGGGACUGGCCCAGCUGGUCCCAAGGGAUGCCAGUGUGCCAUAUGUGGACGCCACCUGGCCAACCCCGGCUCCUUGCGCAACCACAUGCGCCUGCACACGGGGGAGCGCCCUUACGCCUGUCCUUACUGCGGCAAGGACUUCCGACAGCAGAGCAACCUGCGCGAGCACCUCCGGCUGCACACGGGCGAGAAGCCCUACAAGUGCCGCUUCUGCGGCGACGCCUUCCCCAAGCUGCCGGAGCUGCGGCGACAUCUCAUCUCCCACACAGGUGAGGCCCACCUGUGCACCGUGUGCGGCAAGGCGCUGCGGGACCCCCACACGCUGCGUGCCCACGAGCGCUUGCACACAGGCGAGCGCCCUUUCCGCUGUGAGCAGUGCGGCAAGUCCUACACCCUGGCCACGAAGCUGCGGCGCCAUCAGAAAUCCCACCUGGCAGGCAAGCCCUACAAGUGCGAGCUCUGUGGCAUGGGCUACACCCUUCCCCAGAGCCUUGCGCGCCAUGUGCUCACCCACAAGGCGGAAAAGGACCCUGAGGAACUCACCACUGCAGUGGCCUCACUUGCUGUGGACCUACCCCAGGCAGCAAGGAAAAAGCCUCAGAGGAAAGGCCACCAGGAGGAGGUUGCGGCAGAGCCCACCUUGCUCAUGGUGGAGGUGCCAGGGCCAGCAAAUGAGGCUGAGCUGCUGAUCACAGCCAGCGGUCACUGCAUUGCUACUUACCAGUCUCAAGGCAGCCCCCCAGAUCCUGGGGCACACGGGAAGCCCACUGGGCAUUUGCCGUCGGCAAAGGACAUCAUUGAAAUCACCAUCUCCGAGCAUGAGGACAAAUGCAUUAUAGUGCAGGAUGAGGGCUCACCGAGUGACGUGGUCAUCAUCCAGGAGGGGGUGGGCUUCGGAGCAGUGGCAGAAGUGGUGGAGGUUGAGACUGGGACCUGACUAUCCCAGCCUGCCGUGGCUGAUCUUCUUCUGUACUUAUUAAAAUGGGGUAAAA